CUCGAGGGUCCUUCAAAGUCGCAAGGAGGCGCUAUUCAGCCCUCGUCAUGGCAAGCGUGCGAGACUCUCGUCUCGGAAGCCCUUUCGACGAUACUCGGCUGCUGCAAGUCCCUCCCCGCGCUAGCCAGGAGCGACGCGCAUCCGGCGAACGCUCUCGCAAGCAACUUCCUACCACUCCACACGAUCAGGUGCUCUCAGACCUUUUUGAGGACUUGGACAACGUAGCAGAGCCAUCGCUCCCUACGGAGUAUGCUCCCCAACGCGACACCUUACGCGACCCCUACGAUGGCACCGCGGUCGGUGUACUUCAUGCACCAAAUGCAACAGCGGAUACCACCCCUCUGUGGAACAAUCUAGCGCGUGUACUCGAGCUCCAGGCCUCUGUUGCGCGAGCCCAUGGAGAGAUGGAGGGGCUUGGAGCAAAGCCCAAGGCGGAGGUGAAGCCCCCGCAGCAGCGACCGUGGCUGCGUGCCGAAACUGCUAGAUUAAGCGGCCUACCGACAACAACUACAACCAGUCCAGCGGUUCAGAGCACCGAGGGCAUGCUCGGCCGCGAAAUGAGCUCUUCAGGACGCCGAGCUGCUAGCGCAGUCAGCGAUGCAGGAGACGACGACGCAGUCGGGGAGGACGAAGGUGUGGCGGAAGCCCGUGCGCGCGAGAUUGAGUUCGCCAGCCUCGCGCAGCAGUUCAAUGGGCGAAGGGACGCGAUAGCAGGAAUCAUGGGACAGCUCGAUGAAUUGUCGAAGGCGCUGACAGAGUUCCAUGCACUCCAAGUGCCCAAAAUAGAGUUCCCCCCAUCGUCACGCAAUGGGUCGCUGCCUGCGCCUACGGAUUCGCCACGCCAGAAGGUGCGAAGACCGUCCGCCGCUGCCGAUCUGGAUAGGCUGGCGGCGAUGAAGGCGCUGCAGGACGAUACUGGCGCGCGGCCGAGACGACCUACGCUCGUGACGCAAGGCUUGGGAACGCAGGACGUCUUCACGGACUCCCCUCACAGCGCGGAUGCUUUACGCACGCCGACGGACCAGCAGCGCGUCGCCUGACCCCAGUUCGGCAAACUGAGAAGUUCGCCACGACGCCGGCCUCGCUCGAACCUCCGAGUGUUCCUGGUCUUUUGUCGCCUGAUCCGUGCAGAGAUGGCAGGGUGCGCGAUUACCCACUGGUACGAUAGUGCUCUGGCGCCGGCGUGCUGAUAACUCGUGGGUUGGGGCCUUCCGUUUGUGCCAGCUGCGAUUGUUGUGAGGCGCGGGAGGCCUUGGUACGUCAGCGGAGCGCGCCACCGCUUCUCGAUGCCCUUGGAAGUGCGCAAAGUCCGCCUUCACUGGGCGGAUCCGCCGUUGCUCUGCGCUGCACGACAGUUCAUCACCACCCUAGACGCCGGGGAGAGGGGUUGCGGACCGAGAGGAAGGAGGAUGUUGAGGACGAAUUUGUGGAUUCUAUGGACACGUUGUUGGAUCUCUACCUCCUGCACUGUAUUCUAUGCAACAAGGACCCUGCCAUUGGCCAGGUACUAUACACUGAA